AACAAACAUUGUACUUCGCUCGACCACUCUUGCGAUCUCUUCUAAAUCUUCUGAUUAUUUGUGAUCAAUAAUGACCACCGAAAACACCGCCACCACGCCCCCACCAUGGCACGCAGCAUACCCAGCACCCAGGAACAGCCCCGCCACCAUCAGCCGAGAAGAGGUCCUCGACAUGAUCAAGCGCAGUGUUGAAACCUCCACUAGCGACUACGUUCUCGUUGAUUUGCGUCGCAAUGAUCACGAGGGUGGUACAAUCCGCACUUCAAUCAAUCUACCCGCGCAGAGCUUGCAUCCUAGCAUACCAACCCUUUAUGCGCUGUUCAAAAGCGCAGGUGCCCGCAAAGUGAUAUGGUAUUGCGGUUCUUCGACAGGACGAGGUAGUCGUGCUACGGCUUGGUUUGCUGACUAUAUUGAGGACCAAAAGGAUGAGGAGAUGAAGAGCCUCGCCCUAGCUGGAGGUGUGAAGGGAUGGGCGAAGGCAGGGGAUGAGUAUGUCCAGCAAAUGAUUGAGUAUGAUGCUAGCGUAUGGUCGAAAUAUUAAAGUUUUGGUUCUUAUACUAUAGAUGAUCAACAUUCCCGAUCAGUUCCUUUAAUUAGAUGUCUUUCUAAGUAAUUGAACGCUGAGUGGAACAACUAUGGAGAACCAAAAGCAACGAUGGAUGCUCACACGUGAAUGAUUGUACUGUAGCUUAGUAUUUCUCAGUUAUGGCAUCUAUCUGCUGGCAAUAUCAGCUGAGGCAUAAACUGGCACCAUGACUACGUAGUAAUUUUUGUUCAUAUUGGAAAACAGGAUACCUCUACCAUA